UGAGACCAGACCGGACCAGGGACCAGGGCGGCAGGCAAGUCAUCCAAGGACCAGACCAACAAAGACCAGCAAAGAAAUGGGCGCCACGGCCUCGAGAAAGAAAACCCCCGGCAGUGGCCAUCCCGAGCACGACGACCCAGCCUACCGCCGUUGCCAAGAGCUCAAGAUGGAGCGCUGGAUACAGAUGCACUACCAGAUCAAGCAGCGGGAACAGGCCUUGGCCAUUGCCCAGCACAGGGAGCUCUUCUACUGGCUGGGCGGCUUCUACUUGAGUGCCAUCUAUGGCAGUGCCAGCUACUAUCAGCGAACGAAACGCCUCUCGGCGCUGGCCCCACUCCUGCCGCUCUCCUUCGUCAUGGGCUACUACACGGACUGGGCGUACGGCAGCAAGCUGCAUCGCAUUCAAGCCGAGGCCAACAUGAUAAUGGAGCACGAGCAGGAGCUGCUGCAUUGGCCGGGCGGCCUGCCAUCGGUGGCGAGCAUCGAUGAGGCGCGUAUGGAGAACGAAAUGGAAAAGAAAAUGCAUCCGCAUCACAUGUAGAAAGAGGCAAAAGGCUGCCCCUAGAUACAUCCCACAGAUACGCUGCUGUGUGCGGGAUGGGUGUGCAUUUCGAUGUCCUCCUACUGCUCCUUUUGUACUCCACUCACUCUCUUUCUAUAUAUUGACCAUUUACUUAACCGAAGUUUACUUGCUCUCUACCGUUCCGAAACACACACUCGCGGUGCGUAAUGGAUGGGUGGAGUACUCACCUCUC